GAAACGUUCCAAUGAACGGAGGCGGUUGGAUGCUUUUGCUCGAACGGCCCAAUCAGGAGGCUUUGUUGCAGGAAUUUAAAGGUCUGUGCGGCACUUUCUGGGUACCAUAACCUUUGCGCGAGGAUCAGGGAUAACACCACCAGACUUCAUUUUAAACUGCUGCUACGCCUCCUUGUCACUUGAAAAUGUCUGAAAACGUCGAACGUCUGAGCAAGUUCAAGAACAAAGGCAAAGAUGCCAAUGAACUUCGACGCAGGAGGGUGGAGGUGAACGUGGAGCUCCGCAAGGCGAAGAAAGAUGAUCAGAUGUUCAAAAGAAGAAAUGUGGCUGCGUUUCCUGACGAUGCGACUUCUCCUCUUCAGGAAAGAACCCAAAACUGUCAGGCCUUCAGACAGUGGACAGUUGAAGAGAUUCUCACAGGAGUGAACAGCGGUGAUGCUGAGUCUCAGCUCCAGGCUACACAGGCUGCACGUAAACUUCUGUCUCGGGACAAGAAUCCUCCCAUUAACCAGAUGAUCAGUGCUGGCCUGAUCCCCAAGUUCGUCGCCUUCCUGGGGCGGGCAGACUGCCAUCCAAUCCAGUUUGAGGCUUCCUGGGCUCUGACCAACAUUGCCUCUGGGACGUCCGAUCAGACAGCAGCAGUUGUUGAGGGCGGGGCCAUUCCUGCCUUCAUCAGCCUGGUCACAUCCCCCCACCAGCACAUCAGCGAGCAAGCAGUCUGGGCCCUGGGAAACAUUGCUGGUGAUGGAUCACCUCUUAGAGACAGGGUCAUCAAGCAUGGAGCUGUGGCCCCUCUGCUCACUCUGCUGGCAGUUCCUGAUCUGUCUGUAUUACCUACCGCGUACCUGAGAAAUGUUACAUGGACGCUGUCUAACCUUUGCCGCAACAAGAACCCCUCCCCCCCGAUGAGUGCGAUCCAACAGAUCCUACCCACUCUGGUUCGUCUUCUACACACGGAUGACCAGGAGGUGUUGGCCGACGCGUGUUGGGCCGUUUCAUACCUGACUGAUGGCUCUAAUGACCGCAUCGAGGUGAUAGUCCAGGCUGGCCUAGUUUCUCGCCUGGUGGAGCUGCUUGGAAGUGAAGUGCUCCCCGUCAUUACCCCAGCGCUGCGUGCCAUCGGCAACAUUGUGACCGGUACAGACGAGCAGACUCAGGCGGUGCUGGAUGCCGCCGCCCUGCCCAUGUUCCCGAAGCUGCUGCGCCACAAAAGAAACAACAUCCAAAAGGAGGCCGCCUGGACUCUGUCCAACAUCACAGCAGGGAAGGACACCCAAAUCCAGGAGGUCAUCAACGCAGGCCUCGUUCCAUACAUGGUCAAUACGCUUGUGGAGGGUGACUACAAGACUCAGAAGGAGAUUGUGUGGGCUGUUACCAACUUCACCAGUGGGGGCAACGUUCAGCAGGUGGUUUACCUCGUUCAAGCCAAUGUGCUGGAGCCUCUUCUGGAUCUGCUGUCCUCAAAGGACAGCAAAAUUGUCCUCGUCAUCUUGGACGCCAUUACCAAUAUCUUCAUGGCCGGGGACAAAAUUGGGGAGUCGGACAAGCUGAGUCUCAUGAUUGAAGAAUGCGGGGGACUGGACAAGAUUGAGGCUCUGCAGUCUCAUGAGAACGAGAUGAUCUACAAAGCAUCCCUCAACCUGAUUGAGAAAUACUUCUCUGGGGAGGAGGAGGAGGUGCAGUCUGUGGUCCCAGAAGCUACCAAUGACGGAUAUGCAUUCCAAAUUCGUGAAAACGAGAGCACUUUCCAUUUCUAGAUCACUUUCUAAUACCUCUACUCUCACCUGUACUGUACCCUCUUUGCUACUGUUUGUCCUUUUCUUCAUGUAACUGUUAUCACUGUUUUUGUAUGUAUUGUACAUACUGUUUUAUUAUGACAAAACGUGAUUGUAAAUAAAGUUGUCAGAUCAUGUUGUUUUCACCAUCAA